AUGAAAAGAUAUAAAAUAAACUUAAGGAAGAAAAUUAAGAAUAGAGUAUAAGUAUUUUUCUAUUCAUGAAAUAGUUCAAGAUAUCACUGAAAUUAGGAAGGUAAUGGAUAAUUCUAGAAAUAAAUAUUUUCCAUUCUAAGUCCGAAAAGUAAAAUGACCUAAAGAAAUUAUAACUUCUAGGUACAUAAAUCUUAUUAGAUAGAAGUGAUAAUCUAUAUUCUUAAGAGUGGAUAAAAAUUCUUUCAAUCUAACUUAUGAAGCAUUAAUUUGAAUUAUCCUCUUAGUAUAAAUCAACUUAAGAGUUUAGUUAAUUAAAAAUUACUGAAAUGAUAAAUUUUAUCCUGAAAAUUGAUAUGAUACUUUUUUAAACUAUUUUUGUGCAAACGAAAAAAAAUAAAACUAACACAAAAUUUUUAGAAAACGUUAUUAAUAUUGUUAUUGAGAAUAAUUGUAUGAGUUUAAAACAAAGUAAUUAAAAUAAAAGAAAAAAUUUAAGUUCUCCCAAAUCUUUUUGGUCUUCUAUUGGCCACAGAGCCAUCAAGCAUUGGUAGCUCUAUAAGGAAGGAUAUGAAUAGUUUUCCCAUGUCCAUGGCUUCUUUCAGAGACAAAUCUUGCAGGAGGGCGAUUCAAGGAUGUCAAUUCGUAGGUAAUACCUCAGAAUCAGCUUAGGGACUGCCAACCUUCCUCGCUCAUAUUUAAAAUGGGAUAAACUUUCUGCAUGUUGUAACUAUCCUACUUACGGCAAAUGAAGGACUGA